AUGCCGCCUCCGCAAGAUAACGCACGCGUCCUCUUCCUCAUCCUCGUACUAUUCUGGCUCGUCUCUAGUCCGGACUCGGGACCAGGGCUGAUCGCCGGUCCAGGCCUGGUUAGAAAUCGCCUUGCACGUCACCGAUAUGCCCAUGGCAUCCUGAAUAGCACAAACUGGGGCGACUUCGCCCCUCGACUUCACGAUGAUCCACUCGAGACGGAACCGAAGUACUUGAAUAUCACGGGGUUCCGAGAGGAGGACACAUACGUAUGGGAGGACCUGGGACGUUUUAGGACUCGAUGCGAGGAAUGGAGCCGCAAUGCCGUGGGAAUACCGGAAGCCCAGCAGCCCGUGUGGCAGAACGCUACAGGUGUGGUGCGCGGCUUGUGGGAUAGGACAAACACAUCUUCACCGAGGUUCCAUUCGAGCUACAAUUUGAGCGCCAUUAGUCCGGGUGUCAAUUGGAAUGGCGGGAACUCUGACUGGGGCAGGAAUGUCACAGGUUCAGAGGGGAAGAUACUGCUUCGAAUUGACGAUGACGAGAAUGCCAGCACUGAGCCAGAGAAGAUCGACCCAAGAAUUUUACUAGAGGCAGAAGUACGGGCCCGGGAGGUCGCUGCUACGGUCAGCAUCGACGACAUCAAAGGGAUCGGGAGCAAUUGGGAAAUGCGCCUCCAUGGCGUCCACUGGCCUCGACAAGGAGCAAUGCUCCUGACAACCACCAGCGAGAAGUUUGCGGGCAUCUUCGGCCUACCUCACCUCACCACACGGCCCGACUUCUUUCAGUCAAGCCAAGCACUCCUGAACAGAACUCUGGAUAGAGUCUUAGAGAGAAAGGAGAGGCGAACCUUCACCGAUCAGACCGAUCCUUGGACGUCAACAGUAGAUGCUCCGGGUGAAGCUUGGAAUCCCACUCCACACUGCGAGUACCUGCUUUAUAUCCAAAUCCACCCCCUGGACCGCGAUAUUAUGCAAGUACAGCCUAGUCUUACAGGGCCUGAGAACGUGGUCAAAGCCAUUCAGGAUAUCGAACAUGAGCUUCGCUUUCCUCAGGGAGUUCCGCAUAAGGCUACGCCCAGACUUCAGAUGUCAUCUAUCAUCUACUCUCCUGAUUGCGGCUUCUUUCUGGAGAGCAAGGGGCCUCCAGCAUAUGCGCCGGUCGACGGGGAGCACCUAGUCGGCGUGAAGCAAGAAGUCUUUAUCUACAGUGUUAGCACAUGGCUUCUAGGUCUGGCACUAGUCAUCUUUGGACAGGUUCAACUAUUGAAGUUGCAAAUGAGGGAGACAUCCACGCCCUCAACGCUCGGACGAGUCAGCUUCUACACAAUGAGCAUGAUGCUGCUCGCUGACGGCAUCAUCUUCGCCGGCUCAACUGGGUGGAGCUUGUCCGCAUCGACCACUUUGUUGCCCUCACUGGUGGUGACCUGUGUUUCGUGCUUGGCUGCCUCUGUCGGAGCCUUCUUCCUCUUCGAAAUACAUAAGGUGCAGGAGCCUGAACGACGACGACAAGAGCGGAAUAGGGAACGACAAAACCCCGCUCCAGCGAACACAUCAAGGCCUGCCUCAACUCCUGCAGAUGUUCCAGUGCCGGCAUCGGCAAACGCCCCCUCCAGUGCGCCUGGUCAGCGUCCGGCUCUAACCCUGGACACUGCUGGUCGGCCACCAUCUCCUCCCAUCAUAAUACCUUCGGACCAGGACCUCGAUGCUGAAAUUGCCGAAGUAACGAACAACAACGCCAAUGCGACCCUUCCAGCACCCGUCACCGCAGGGGCCCCGGCAGCAAACGCGCAGAGCAACGAAACACCCCUUACCACCAUCAUCGGUCGCCUUCUGCUGAUUGCCAUAUGCACGAUAUUCCUUAGCCUUGCAGCCUCGACCUGGAGACCAGGUCUUCGCUCCGCAUACUUCAAUACUGUUGCCUUUGUCUACCUCUCGUUCUGGACGCCUCAAAUAUACCGCAACGUGUACCGCAACUGCCGGCGGGCCCUGUCCUGGCAGUUUGUCAUUGGACAGUCUAUUUUGCGCUCGGUUCCCAUUGCCUACUUCUACAUCUGGGCCGACAAUUUCGCAUUUGCAGAAACUGACUGGACUGCGUUUGCUGUGCUCGCGGGCUGGGUAUGGAUCCAGAUCUGGGCCCUUGUCGCACAGUCGGUCCUUGGGCCCAGAUUCGGAAUACCUAAGGGGUGGAUGCCGGAGGCGUGGGAAUACCACCCGGUACUGCGAGAGGACAACAUGGAGGCCGGCGGGCUGCCGAUCGGGCUCGUGUCCGCGUCCAGCAGCCCCACGAUUGAGCGCGUCAAGAGCAACGAGGAGAGCAGGGGGGAGAGGAACAAGCACACGAACAUCCAUGCGAUCGACUGCGCGAUCUGCCGGGAGGCGCUCGAGGUCCCGGUCGUGAGGGCGGGCCACGACGACCCCGCGGCCGGCGGCGUCGCGGGCGUCUUUGCGAGGCGCAUGUACAUGGUCACGCCGUGCCGGCACAUCUUCCAUAGCGUCUGCCUGGAGGGCUGGAUGCGGUUUCGGCUGCAGUGCCCGAUUUGUAGGGAGGAGCUGCCGCCGCUGUGA